AUGAGCUGGGCCAUGGGAGUGGUGCGGGCCAGCCAACCAGCAGGUGCGGCAGCAGCAAGAGCGAGCUGGCUGGGCCAGGCAAUGGCCGCGUGUGCCUGCCAGGCACAGGGCCCUCGGCUCAUGGCCGCCUGGCUCUGCACCUCCGCGUCCAACGUGGCCACCGUGAAGCGCAAACUGCUGCAAAAUUUCCACUGCGAGAAACCCGUGCGCCACAGCAAGGUCUCCAUCAUCGGGGCUGGAUCAGUGGGCAUGGCCUGUGCAGUCAGCAUCCUGCUAAAAGGCUUGAGUGAUGAGCUGGCACUCGUGGAUGCCAACGAAAGCAAGCUGAAGGGGGAGGCCAUGGAUCUGCAGCAUGGCAGCUCCUUCCUGAAAAUGCCGAGCAUUGUCUGCAGCAAAGACUACCUGGUCACGGCCAACUCCAGCCUGGUGAUUAUCACGGCAGGUGCACGCCAGGAGCGAGGGGAAACGCGCCUGAACCUGGUGCAGCGCAACGUGGCCAUCUUCAAGCUGAUGAUUUCCAAUAUUAUCCAGCACAGCCCCAGCUGCAAGCUGAUCGUUGUGUCCAACCCGGUGGAUAUCUUGACCUACGUGGCCUGGAAGCUGAGCGCGCUUCCCCACAGCCACGUGAUCGGAAGCGGCUGCAACCUGGACACGGCUCGCUUCCGUUUCCUGAUCGGACAGAAGCUGGGCAUCCACUCUGAAAGCUGCCACGGGUGGGUUCUUGGGGAGCACGGAGACUCGAGCGUUCCGGUGUGGAGCGGAGUGAAUGUUGCUGGCGUCCCUCUGCAGCACCUGAACUCCGAAAUAGGGACGGAUCGGGACCCCGAGCAGUGGGAAAAUGUCCACAAGGAAGUGGUGGCCAGCGCCUAUGAGAUCAUCAAAAUGAAAGGCUACACUUCGUGGGCCAUUGGCCUCUCUGUAGCCGACCUGACCGAAAGCAUUUUGAAGAACCUCAGGAGAACGCAUCCGGUUUCCACCAGAAUCAAGGGCCUGUACGGGAUAGACAAGGAAGUGUUCCUCAGUGUUCCUUGUGUCCUGGGGGGGAGUGGCAUCUCGGAUGUGGUGAAGAUAAAGCUGACCCCCGGGGAGGAGGCGCGCCUGAAGAGGAGUGCGAACACGCUUUGGGACAUCCAGAAGGAGCUCAGGCUGUGAGGGUGACCCCAGGCACUGCGCCCAGGACGCUGCAGGAGAGGCGGUGGACUGGGGUUCAGGCUGUCAGACUUGUGGAUAAAGCUGAGUUCC